AUAUUACAAUGUGUAUAAAUAUCAGCUUUCUUCUUCCUUGUCUUAUAUACCAAAAACUCAAGCAGAAAAACAAUGGCGAAGGCACAAACACCCCAUGUAGCAAUUCUGCCGAGUCCAGGGAUGGGUCACCUCAUUCCACUCGUUGAGUUCGCCAAGCGACUCGUUCACCAACACAACAUCAACGUCACCUUCGUUAUCCCCACCGAUGGCUCCCCUUCUAAAGCUCAAAAAUCAACUCUUGAUUCCCUUCCAAGCUCCAUUGAUUUCGUUUUCCUCCCUCCCGUUAACUUGACCGAUCUCCCUGGUGAUUCGAAGAUCGAAACGGUGAUUUCUUUAACGGUGUCCCGUUCACUUCCUUACCUCCGUGACGCUUUCAAGUCGUUGGUGGCGAAGACGAACCUCGUCGGUUUGGUUGUUGAUCUGUUCGGGACCGACGCGUUCGAUGUCGCUAAUGAAUUCGGUCUCUCGCCCUACAUAUUUUUCCCGUCGACGGUGACGGUGUUGUCUCUGUUUCUUUACUUGCUGGAGCUCGACCAUUUGGUUUCAUGCGACUACAGGGACAUGUCUGAACCGGUUAGAAUACCAGGGUGCAUAGCGGUUCACGGGAAGGAAUUGCCCGACCCGAUACAAGACCGGCAAAACGACUCAUACAAGUGGAUGCUUCAUCAUGCAAAGCGGUAUAGGUUGGCUCAAGGGAUCAUGGUGAACAGCUUCAUGGACUUGGAAGGAGGACCAAUAAAGGCCUUGCAAGAGAUUAAGCCACCGAUUUACCCCGUCGGUCCACUCGUUAAUGCCGAUUCGAGCCGUGAACUGGACGGCUCCGGUUGUAUGAAAUGGCUCGAUGUUCAAGAGAUCGGUUCGGUUUUAUAUGUAUCAUUUGGUAGUGGGGGGACCAUUUCAAUGAACCAAUUAAAUGAGUUGGCUAUGGGAUUGGAAAUGAGCGGGCAACGUUUCUUGUGGGUUAUUAGGAGCCCUAAUGACAGUGUUGCCCAUGCCACAUUUUUCAGCAAUGAGUCGCAAAAUGACCCUUUUGAGUUCCUUCCAAAAGGAUUCAUUGAGAGGACCAAAGAUAGGGGUCUAUUGGUGCCAUCAUGGGCACCACAGGCUCAAGUGCUGAGCCAUGGUUCCACCGGUGGGUUCUUGACCCAUUGCGGGUGGAAUUCGACACUCGAAAGUGUGGUUAACGGGGUGCCGCUAAUCGUAUGGCCGCUUUACGCCGAGCAAAAGAUGAACGCUUUGAUGUUAACUGAGGAUGCGAAAGUCGCAUUGAGACCGAAACCUAACGAAAAUGGCUUGAUUUGCAGGGACGAGAUUGCAAAGGUUGUUAAAGGUUUAAUGGAAGGUGAAGAAGGGAAAAGUGUAAGAACCAGAAUGAAGGAACUUAAAGAAGCAGCUGCCAAGGUACUUAGUGAAAAUGGGUCUUCCACUAAGGCACUCUCUCAUGUGGCUAAUAAGUUCAUUAAUCAAGCACUCCAAGCAUCUAGGAACUAGAAAUCCCCCUCGUAGUUUGGCCAAAUGGGAUUUGA